GAAAAACAGCAAAACUUCUUAAGAAAUUCAUCAAUUAACUUAGUUAAAACCAGUACGACCACAAACAAUGAUGUUUUAAACGACAUUCAAUUUUCUAAACCUGUCAUUGAAAGUAACAUUGAUCUCUCAGCUAUUUCAGAGUUUAUUUCAAUGGAUUCAACUUUCUCUCCAGGAACAUCUGUUACGGCACAUGUUGAAGUCGAUCAACUUCUUGCAUUGAUUGAAGAGCAAAAAGCUAACAUUGAUAGUAUAUUAGAUUCGCAACAUGUAUACGCGGUGGGUGUCGAUUUUAAAAAAGGUUAUUCUAAGCCAUGCAUCGCUUGCUGGGUCACUGAAAACCUCGACAUUGCUAUCAAAAAGCAGCUAUUAGGCUUGUUCCAAGAUAAGUUUGAAAUUAUAGAAAACAUAGUGACAUCAACGGAUACUGAUGUGAGUAAUAGCAAUAAUGAUCAAAACAGUUUACUUAACUGCAAUAGUUUCACCAAGGAGUUGGAUAAUAAUAUAACAGUUGGUUCAUUUUCUGGAAAUGAGAAGGAAUCUGAUGUGAUGGAAUCUGAUGAGAAGGAGGAUGACAAUAGUUAUAAAGAAAAUGAUGAAAAAAAUGGUGAUGGAACUAUUAGAUCAAAAAGUCAAGCUGUUAGUAAAGAAAAUCCAAAAAUUUUUCAAAAUUUCGACAUAAGAGCUGUUAUCUAUGCAAAUAUUACCCCUAAGAAAGAUUCAAAGAUUUUAGAGUUUUCUGUUAAUAUAGAGGAAUGUGAAAUGGGAAGAAUGCUUAGUGAAAGAAUAUCAUCGCUUCACAAAUUUGGUUUUGGUUAUUUUCUUGAUUCUAUUGUAGUUGAUGUCUCACCAAUUCCAUGCAAUAGUACAUCUUGCAUGAUAAUAAAGAAGAUUGAUACACAGCCACAACAAUACAAUCAGACCAUUAAGAUUUCAACAAUUCAUGAGAAAAACAAAGGAAUUAAAGGAAAAUUCAGUGGAACUGGAAUCCAAGUGGGAGGUAGUUAUGACACAAAGAAUGCACUUAUUAUCGAAAAAAUGGCAUGUGUGUGGGAGAUGAAACUCGAAGGAUGUUGGGCAACUGGAAAUCGCUGGUCAUACUCUCAUGAAGGUAGUAGCUAUACAAGUACCUUUAUUCCAGGUAAUCAUACUGGCAAAUGGAAGAUUUCAAACGCAAUGAAUGGGUUUACUAUAGAAAUUACACAGGUAGUAGCUUUUGAAUUUACCUUUAAGGGUUUGGUCAUGAAUAAAACAAAGUUGAUAAAGCAAUGCCCUAAAAUGGCACAUAUAUUAAAAAUAUCCUUUAAUAAUAUUGAUAAUUUUGAAAAUUAUUUUGCAAAACUUGAAGAGGAUCAAUUUGAACAAAAAGAUCUUAUUUUUACUUUAAACAAUGAAGACAGUAAAAACUUUCAUAAAGAAGACACACAAGAACAAGAAGGCGUAAACGACUAUAUGGUAACACGUAAAUUUUUAAAGAAAAGCAAUUAG